CCCCGCAACCAGAAAGCAACAACAAUAUCCCUCCCCCGCCGCCGCCACCGCCGCCACCGCCGCCCGUCGCGGUCGCCCCGGGCCGGCACGGAGCAGCGGCGACGACCCCUGCCCCUACCCUCACGCCGCGCGCGGCCGGCCGAUCGAUAGGCGUGAUGGCGGCGCGGGGGCUGCGGGGCGUGCGCGACGACCUGUCGGAGCUGGGCCGCCACCUGCUCGACAUCGCCUGCUUCCUCCACCCGCUGCUCUCGCCGGCGCACACCGACUCGCCGCCCUCCACCCCGACCCACGCGCGCCGCCGCUCCCCGUCCCCGCGCCCCGCGACCCCGCCGUCCCCGCCCCCCUCCAUCCUCGCCGGCAUCCUCGCCGACCUCGCCGAGAUCGGCGGCUCCUUCCGCGUCGGAUUCUCCGGCCGGGCCGCCCCCGACCGCCAGCAGCCGCCGCCCACCCGGGCCACCCUCCCCAGCCCGGUCGACUCCCCGCCCCACGCCGCUGGCGUCGCCGAUGGCGUCCUCGGGGCCGCCCGCGCCCUCGCCGCCAGGCCCGAGGCCUGGAUUGACUACCCCAUGCUCGCGAUAGACGAGAAUUCUACAAUCUCUGAUGUAGAGAGAGAUCAUAUGGACGUCAUUGAAAAACUUGUCCCGGAUUUAGCAUCUCUGCGGGCUACGCUCUGCCCUUCUUACAUGGAUGAAGAUGUAUUCUGGAAGAUAUACUUCAAACUGCUUGAGUCAAGCCUAAGUGAACAUACUUCAGAGGAAGAUAGCCAGAAUGUGCAAGUUUCUGUGCAUCGCGUAAACGAGAUAGAGUCUCCACCACAUGUCUGUGAGAUAGAAAGCGAGAAAAGCACACAGGAGGGUUACCAAUCUUCAGGGAGUCAUGCUUUGACCAAAACACGAUCUGAGCAAAGCAUUGACCAGUGGGUGUUUGCAAAGUCAAAGUCGGAGCAGAGCAUGGAUCAAUGGUCCGAAAUACCUUCAGACGUAGAAUCCUUUAGAGAAGGUCAUAAAAGGUACUUCAGCAGCGAGGCCGAGGAGAUGAGCGACGUCGACAACUCCAAUGUGCUCGUCAUGGACAAAUACAUGGACUCGCUCCUGCCGGACCGGAGAAGCCUACCUUAUGCCAGCUCCUCCGUGAGAAGCGAUUCGGUAAGAAGGAAGCCAGCCGCCUCCUCACCCGACUACAGCCGCCGGCCUCCGCAGCCCACCCCGCCCGCAUCGCUGUCCAAGAAGGAAUCAUGGGAUCUCAUUCAGGAUUCAGAGUUUGAGAUACUCGACAGCUAGCAGUAAUAAGAGGUCUUGAUUGAUCUCCAAGGCUUCGUUAAUUUUCUUCAUUGCCCUACUACCCUUCACCUGGUUUGUAAAUGGCGGCCUUACAGGUGGUGCCAGUGAUGGUUGGAAAAGAUCUUGUCAGUCAGUCAGUAAUAAUAUCGUGUGCAUAUAUCUUUCUGUAUGCAGCCUAGAGUAAAUAUAUAUGUCCUCUCAUCCCACUUGCUGUAACAUAAGGAAUUUGUGAUGGAUCUGGCGAGUGUGAGACCUGGGUAUUGGCCUCCCUGCUGAAGAAAAAUUAUGUUGCAUUCCGUUUUUCA